CUGUCUGUUUGCUGCAUAGGAAUCAUUACUAGUGGCUGUUGGGGCUUCUCCCUGCUGCUGCCAGGCUGCUCCCAGCACUGUGCUUCCCUCCUCCCACUCCUCCUCCACUUCCUAGUCUGCAGCCCAAGUGACAGCAAAGAGAGCCAUAGUAACACCACUGAGGGCUAGGGAAGGGAAAUACCUGAAAGGGUUCCUUCUGUUGAUUGAUGGCACAGCUGAGCCAAUAGCAGCUGGGAGACCGGGAGCAAGGGGAGGGACAAGAGUUGUAACCCAAACUGGGUGGCUGAGGAUAGGUUGGGAUCUGAUGGUGUAGAGAGAGUGUUAGUGCCUUUGCUGCAUGCAUGUAUGUGUGUGUGUCUGUGUGAGAGGGAGAGGGUGAGUGCGUGGAGGCAGUCAGGGAAUACAGUGUAGCAGUGUCUCUGUCUGGAGAUAGGCUGUUGCAUUUCAGUGCUAACUGCAGCAAUCUGUGUCUAUUUUUUUAUUUAUUAUUGUUUCUGGGGGGGAGGGCUGCUGCUGAUAUACAUAUUUCUUCUCUUCAUGCUGGAGAACCAUAUCUGAAAAUCCGCAGGAAAGGACAAAAAGGCAAAAACUUUGUCACUAAACCGGGAUUUAAAGACACUGAGCCCAGUGACAGCCUCUGCUUUACAAGCAGUGCACCCUCCAUCUGGACAUGUCUGAACACAAGGCGAUAGAUCCGAAGUUGUCAACGUUGGACAGGGCGGUGAAAGCUGUACCAUUUCCUCCGAAUCACAGGCUUACAGCAAAAGAAGUAUUUGACAAUGAUGGCAAACCUCGUGUGGACGUUUUAAAAGCUCACUUAAUGAAAGAAGGAAGACUUGAAGAAAGUGUUGCUCUUCGAAUUAUAACCGAGGGAGCUUCCAUUCUUCGCUUGGAAAAAAAUCUCCUGGACAUAGAUGCUCCAGUCACAGUUUGUGGAGAUAUCCAUGGACAGUUCUUUGAUUUGAUGAAGUUAUUUGAAGUUGGAGGGUCACCUGCCAACACACGUUACCUCUUCUUAGGAGACUACGUUGACAGAGGAUACUUCAGCAUUGAAUGUGUGCUGUACUUGUGGGCCUUGAAAAUUCUGUAUCCCAAAACUCUGUUUUUACUCCGUGGGAAUCAUGAAUGUAGACAUCUAACAGAGUAUUUUACCUUCAAACAAGAAUGUAAAAUCAAAUAUUCCGAGAGAGUGUAUGACGCCUGUAUGGAUGCCUUUGACUGCCUUCCUUUGGCUGCGCUGAUGAACCAACAGUUCCUGUGUGUACAUGGUGGCUUAUCUCCAGAAAUCAACACUUUAGAUGACAUUAGAAAAUUAGAUCGCUUUAAAGAGCCUCCUGCAUAUGGGCCCAUGUGCGAUAUCUUGUGGUCAGAUCCUCUGGAAGACUUUGGUAAUGAAAAAAGCCAAGAACAUUUUACUCACAACACAGUUAGAGGAUGUUCUUAUUUUUACAGCUAUCCAGCUGUCUGUGAAUUCCUUCAGCACAAUAACUUGUUAUCUAUACUUCGAGCUCAUGAAGCCCAAGAUGCUGGGUAUCGUAUGUAUAGGAAAAGCCAAACAACAGGCUUCCCAUCCCUUAUUACAAUAUUUUCAGCACCAAAUUACCUAGAUGUAUACAAUAAUAAAGCUGCAGUAUUGAAGUAUGAGAACAACGUCAUGAACAUCAGACAGUUCAACUGUUCCCCUCAUCCAUACUGGCUUCCAAAUUUCAUGGAUGUCUUUACCUGGUCCCUACCAUUUGUUGGGGAAAAAGUGACAGAAAUGCUUGUAAAUGUACUUAGUAUCUGCUCUGACGAUGAACUGGUAUCUGAUGAAGAUGCUGAUGAAGACCAUCUUAUUUAUGCACAGAAAAAAGGAGCAACAGCUGCAGCUCGUAAAGAAGUAAUCAGAAACAAGAUUCGAGCUAUUGGGAAAAUGGCAAGAGUGUUCAGUGUGCUGAGAGAAGAGAGUGAAAGUGUGUUGACUUUGAAAGGUCUGACACCGACUGGAAUGCUGCCUAGCGGAGUUCUAUCUGGAGGAAAACCAUCACUCCAAAGCGCUACUGUUGAGGCUAUAGAGGCCGAUGAAGCAAUCAAAGGAUUCUCGCCACAGCAUAAGAUCACAAGUUUUGAGGAGGCAAAGGGCUUAGAUCGCAUUAACGAAAGGAUGCCACCACGCCGAGAUGCUGUACCUUCAGAUGCCAAUCUUAACUCUAUCAACAAGGCUAUUUCUUCAGAGACCAAUGGCACUGACAGCAACGGCAGCAACAGCAGCAGCAAUAUCCAGUGACCACUUCCUGUCCAUUAAUAUAUAUUUUUUGUAGCUGCAAGGCAUGAUGGGAUUGCUGCUCAUCAGCAACUGGGUGAUCCUGGUAUGGGUUACUGCUACUUACUCUUGGGGUUGGUGUUGAAUAAUUCAGUUUACAGUGUCAUUUAAAGAGAAAGUGAUCUAUUUUAGUGGAGGCACUUGCCUCAUCUGGAUAUGCCUAUAAAUGCUUGUAGAAAACAUACACACAAAUAUUGCUUACCUAUAUAGAACAGAUUUUCCAAUGACAUUGGAAACCUCUAGUUACAUUACUGAAAGGCCUUCUUUUAGUUACUGAACAUACAGUGCAUAUUUGUCUAAUUUCUUACUAACUAUUGUAUGUUUACAUUUGCAGCUCUAAACUACAAAUAGACAUUAAAACAUUUUUAACAUAAUGUACAAACUAAAAUAAGGACUAUUUAUUAAUGAUAUUUUAUUACUCUUGUCAGAUUGGCUGUUUUCUCCCCCUUCCUUUCUCUGUGUGAGGUGUCUGCAGUGCAUUGACGUUAAAUGAAUUGCAAGCUCCUCCAACAGCACAUGGGUUACACAAACCAUUGAUAUGAGCAGUCUUAAUGCUACUGGUGCUGAGACAUGGACUUCAGUGCAUUGCUUUGGCAGUAAAGAGGACAAAUGGCAACGACAUAACAGAUUAAAUAAAUAAUGAAAUUGUAAGAAUGUUGAAAAUUUGUCACAGAUGCCAAAAAAGGAAAGUUUCAUUUUGUACAGAUUUAUGCUUACCUCAGGUUACAUUAUUGUGCUUGAAUGCCCAUUUAUUAUACAACACAUAGCUUACUUAUUUGGCAGUGAAUAUCUUUUUUUCCUUUGAUAAGCAAAACUGGAAUAAUAAUAUCCAUUCUAAUUUUUUUUUAUUUUAUUUUUGCUGUUCUAUCUAAGAUUUUUUGGUAAAUAAAGUAUUGGUUGUGGCUUGCUGAAUUUUAAUAUUUAUGAGUGGUGCAUUUUUAAGUAUAGUGAACAAGACACCAUAUUAAGUGCGGUGAAAAGCAUCUAUAUUCUGUAAAAAUCCGCCUAUGCAUGUUUUUUAAGACAAAAUGGCUGUAUAGGCCUGUAUGGGACUGUAAUGCGCUUAGUGGUUGGACUUAUACUGGAAAUGUAUGUAUACUGGCAUACUUUAUAUUCUCUGAAAACGCUUAAUGCCUUUGAAAUUUUGUAAUCAAAUGAAGAAAAAGCUUUGAAAAAAUUUUAAAAAGGAGAGAAGUAUAUUCGUAAUGUUUUAUAACAUACGCUUGUCAGUGCACACAUAUAUAUGGUUAGCAUGUUUAGCAGAACUUGUGAAAUUUAAAAUAAGUUUGUGGUUACAUGUGAAACUAAGUGCAUGAUAACUGUUAGUGUCAUAAUAGUUUGGUCAUUAUGUUAUGUUAUGUUAUGUGCCACAAAUGUGUAAUUCUUUUCACUUUUUUCCCUUUAUAAUAUGAAUUACGGGUUUUUACUGACUCCUUAUGAUGACAAGUGGAAACAAAAAAAUUAAUUCAACGAAAUAAGUCCAUUGAUAUUUUCUAAAAAUUGUUUAAGUGCCCAAGUAAUUCACUACAGCCUAAAGCCUUGCCUUUGUAAUUUGACAUCUGAAAUGUUGGCAAUCGAAGCAUGCACGUGUAACAAUGAAAAAAAAAAAAAACAUUUUAUAUUACUACUCAAUAAAAUGUGCAUGAAAUUAA